ACAUCCGGUGGCCGUCUCCAUUACGUGCUUGAGUGUUUGUUAAGUGAGUGUGCGCAGAGGAGUCAGUUAUUUUUUGUUGUGGGUUUUGCGGAGAAGUAACGGUUUAAAGUUUAGUUCGAACGUAAUAAUUCAAGUGGUCCACUGCGAUUUUAGCGCUUGCGUUACCGAGCGAUGUAAUUCGUGAAAAGUGAACUAUAUCUCCAUAGUUACAAGUUCAGACAACCCGCUUGCAAAACGGUGCUAUCUGGCCCGCAUGCUGGUCACCGACAAACUUCAGUCACGUUACAUGAGUAGCAACCGACGUCAGGAAAAUGAUAAAAAAUAAACGUGGAAGGGGGAUGCGUCCCCCAGGACCGGUUGAGGAACGAUGGCCCAUGCCUCCUCCUCCUCGCGGCGGAUUCCACGGACCAGGUCCGAUGGGUCCACAUGGCCCGAGGUUUUCUGUGCCAUCACACGAGUUCGGACCGGGACACCCCAGAAUGAUGAUGAUGAUGAUGAUGGAUGGCAUGGUAGAUGAUAGACGGUUUAUGGAUGAUGGCCCGAUGGAUUUCCUGGACAGACCGCCUUUUCCACCUUUUGCGGGGUUUAAUGAUGGACCAGAUCCACGCUUUUACAAUCCAGACUAUGGAUGCGGACCGCCGUAUGGUCCUCCGCAAUUUGGUGGUGGACCUUCAGACUUCUGUCCGCCCGAGUUUAACGAUAGACCAGGUUACCAUAUGAUGGACCCAAUGGAGCGUUAUCAUCCAAUAGACCCAAAUUAUGGGCCACCACCACCACCAAUGGAUGGCAAUCUUGCAUUUGGAGAGAGAGGAGGCUUUGGACCACCACAUGAUUUUCAAGGACUAGGUCCACCCCCGACAUUAAAUGCUGCUAAUUUGCCUCAACCGCCCCAAAAAACCGAACCACCACCACAAAAACCUCAAAAGGAAACCGAACCAUCGAAAUCGACAGAGGCUAAAAAUGAACCCGCUAAGACGGUGGCGUCCAAGUUAUCAGCAUUCAAGAAAUUCACAUCAAAUCCACCUCGAGGACGCUCAUUGGGAGUCAUUACAUUUGUUGGUAAUAGCACUGGCUUCAUCGAGCGUGAGGAUCUGAAAAAGUUUUCCUUUGUCUUCAAUGCCUUUUAUGGAAAACGAAAUCUUCUGGUGCCUGGAGUUAAGGUGCAUUUUACUGUUGUGAAGAAUAUGGGUAAAGAAGUGGCGACUGAUGUGAAAGUGGCUCCAGGAGGUACAGAAGACAUUGACAGCACAGCGUAUGAAGGUGUGAUUACUACAACCCUUACUGAUGAGAAUGCGAAGGAGACGAAUCCUGGCCGCGUCAGGACCAUUAUAUCCGUGGAUCCUGUUAAUAUUCCCUUUGGAAAGGCUGACACCAGCAUAACUCUUCUGCUGUAUGAUCGUGUGGAGUUCCAGUUAGUGACAAAUGUAUUAACUAACGAACAACGAGCAACAAACAUCAAACCAAAAGCCAAAGAAUCGUUUGUGCUCACCAAGGAAAUCAGAGAGAAGGGUGUGAUCGUGGAAAAGACCAAUGAAACCCUGACCAUUAAGACCAAGACUCAUGGAGACCUGCCUGCCUCUCCUGCUGAUCGUUUGUCAGAAGAUGAACUGAAUGUUAAGGAUGAAGUGGAGUUCACAGUUUUCAUUGUGAAUGACCAAAAGAAAGCCAUUCGACUGAUGAAGCUAUCCGAGGGCACCCUUAAUCAAGCAGAAGGCAAUGAAAAAAAAUCUGACCUAACAUCUGCAGCUUCUCCUGUGAAAGACAAGUGGAAGCCGGUGACCGCCGAACCUGGAGUUGUGUCCUAUGAUAUAAGCAGUGAGAAACAUGAAGGGACAAUUGUCAAAGUUCCACCGAAGACUUCCCUAACAAAGGAGGAGGCGGAAAAACAUGAGCCUGCCCUGGGUCUUUUGCUUACAACGUUGGAGGGCACAGACAAGAAAUUGUCUUUUAGGUCUUGUGAUGUGAUUACAAAAGCCACCAUGAUGGUCGGUGACGAGGUUCAAUUCAACAUCUCCACCAACAGUGUAACUAAAGAGCAGCGUGCUGUAAACAUCGAGAUUCUACCGGACAGCUUCCAGACAGACUCUAAUGAACAACGAAAAAUCGGUCUUGUUGUCAAACUGGAUGAUAAAUCUGGCUUCAUCAAGACUCAACAGAACCCACAAAUAAUUUUUUACAUGAGUGAGGUCAUGGAAGAGACCAAACUCCGUUUGUUCGAGAAGGUUGAGUUUACAGCAGUGCCGAGUGAAGCAGUUCCAGGUGGAAAGCAAGCUGUUAGAGUAAGACGGGUGAAUGAGGCCGUCUUCACAUCUGCACCAAAGUUAGAGGCCGUUGGGUUGAAAGAGAAGCAGAAGAAAAUGACCAUCAAAUUGAAGGAUCCAAAGGACAGAAUCAGUGAAGAAGACAAAGGCGGUGAAUCAACGACUGCGGUCGAUCCAAACAUUGAAAAAGAUGGGACAGUACCUUCUACGACAUUGAUGGCGGAAUUGAAGAAGGAACAAGAUAAAACUAAAACAAAAGAUGAUAAGGCUCAAGACCGAAGCAGGGACAGUAGUCGCCGCAGGCGUAGUCGCAGCAGAAGCAAAGAAACAGAUCGACGCAGACAUAGUCGGAGCCGAAGCAGGGAUUCCCAUCGACGCAGACACAGUCGCAGCAGAAGCCGCAGCCGAGACCGAGGAAGCAGCUACAGAAGACAUCGAAGUUCCAGCCGUGAGAGAAAGGACAGCAGGUACAGACGCAGUCGAAGCAGAGAAAAACAUCGGCGCAGUAACAGUAGAAGUAGAAGCAGAAGCAGAGAGAGAAGUAGUCGAAGUGCCAGGAAGAGAAGCCGGAGCCCGGAGAACAAAGAUGAUCGGUAUAAAAAACAAACCAGCAGUAAAGACGCCAGCAACAAGAAAAGAGUCCCAAGCUCCGAAGAUGAUGUAGAUGAUGAAUUGUUGAGGAAAAAGAAAGAGCUGAUGGAGCUCGAUGAGAUGAUUGCACGUAAGAAAGCCAUUGUCGCUAUGGAGCAAAAUGCCCAAAAAUUUGAGGUUGAGGUGGACGAAGACAACGGCGUUAAAACCUUUGAUUACCAGCACGCGCGUUGCGAGAACCUGUGGAUGCCUGAAGUGAAACCAGUUAAGUCCAUUUUGAAGAAGCAGUCUGAUCCUCAAACCGAUCCUCAUUUUCAGGCUUCCACGAGCAAGAAAACGGGUCAGUUCGUACAAAGCACUGGUGUCCCGUUCACCUCUAUACACUCUCAAAGAUUUAGUCCUUUUGACUCGCCUGUCUACUCUACAAUGGAAAGUAACGCUGAAAAGAGUUUGCCCUCUGAUGAGUACAAGAAGAUGCCUUCACCCCAAAUCAAGGACCCAGAACUGCUUAGGAAAAAAAGGGAGUUAGAUGAACUCAGUGAGUCUAUAGCACGCAAAAGAGCUAUAAUUGCUUUGGAACAGAAACACAGAGUGGUAUCGAAUGCACCUGCAGUGAAAAGCAAAUUUGAGUUGGAAAUUGAUGACCAGUUUGAAUUACCUCAAAUAAAAUUAUGGAGCUCCGACGUCAAAUCCAGUGCUCAACCCAAAAAGUCAAUUUUGAAGAAACGCUCUGAUCUUCUCGUCCCUCAGUGUGACUCGGCCUCAGUUGAUGAAUAUGGUCAAGUCAAGCCUAGUCAAGAUGAUUCGGCUUUUACUAAACCAGCUUUUCAGUCUGCAGCAGCUUCCCUAUUUCCUAUUCUACAGCCCAAUCGUUCCGAUUCUUUUGGCUUAUUCAACAAAGUCAUAAAUCAGUCUUCAGCAACCUUACAUGUGGCUGAACCAUCCCCUUACAAGCCUGCUGUUGUCCCAAAGUCACUCGCGCAAGCAUCCAAUCAAAGACCUUUACAUGAACAGAAACCUCUCGGCAUGUCCAAACCAAGCAGUUCACAUGAGGACCAGCACAGGGGGAUCUCGCCUCAUGACCAUCUUUAUAGGCAAAGCCCUUCAACAAGUCAGACUUCAGCGCCAGAUCCGAAGCGCACUGUCACACAAAUGGAGCGCUUUCUAAGUGCUCUCAACAAGGCUGACCAGGGUAUUUUAAGCUCGCUAUUUCAAGAGGCUAGAAAGGGUCUUGAUUUAAUGAGUGAAAAGAAGAAACCUCAACCACAGUUAGAUAGACAAAUACCCUUCAUGGAUGAUAUUUAUGAUCCUUUUGAAGAUGAAGAUGACAACAAUGAGCCCCCUCCUGUGAGAGAAGACUUUGGAAGACAUUCGGUCCACAAAGUUAAAAGCCCAAUGGAGACUGAAACCCAAUUUGAAGAUCCCAGUCAAGAUGACCUCUUGCCUCAUGAAAGAGCUAUGAAGGAUGGUAGUGGAUUUUCUUGGCUUGUUGGAAGCAAUUAUGGUGAUCAGCCAGCAGCAAAUACUGAGAGGAAGCUUCCCUUUGGUCAUCAGACGGGUUCAGAUAUUCAGCACUUGCAGCGAGCAGAACCAAACUGGUUCUCUGAACAAUACAAACCACCAUAUGAUGAUGAUAAUCGGCGUGUAACACAAGUAGAUUAUGCUAGUGAUCCCAAUCGGUAUAGUGAAGGUAGUUGGCCUGCACAAAAGCAGAGUGUCGAUCAAAAUAUUCAGCACUCUUACGUAAAGGACAGAGAGAUGCCUGACAGCAGGUUUACCCAAAGUGUAGCCCGUCAGCAGUCUGAAGAAAGCAAUGAGGAGAUAAAUGAAAAGAAAGAACAGUUUGAAAAGAUUCAGAGUCUUCUUCAAACAAUUGGACUAGAGUUAGAUACAGGAGAGGUUAGCAAAUUAGCAGACAGGACAAGAGAAAGGUUGUAUGGCAAGACGGUAAAACGUCACAGUUCAUCAUCUCAUUCAGACGUAAAUCGAGAGCUAUCCGUGAGCCGAUCCGACCGUGAAGGUAGUAGGGCAGAUUCCUCAGACAAUGAACGCUUCCGAUCAGUUUCUCCAGCUCAGUCCUCUAGUCGUAGGGUUUACAUGAGCUACAGGGACUCUGUUAAAGACAAAGACCAACAAAAAGUGGAAAAUGUGGACCUAACAAGCAUUAAAAGGACCAUAACGAAUGCAAAGUCGGCAGAAGAUGCGCUGAAUCCUUCAACUCCAUCAUCUGAGCAGACAACAGGUUCUUCAGUUUCCUACCAACCUCCAUCCACGCACGUUUUACCCACGGCUGUAGCUGGCGGUUCCCAGUAUCCCUCACAAAACCCAACCAUUCCCAACAGUCCGGCUUCACAGUAUUCUUACUACAGUAAUCAGCAAAACCCUUGGAGUGUUCCUUAUUCUGCGGAUAUCAGUCAGAAUCCCAAUGUACAAUAUUCGCCAUUCCCAUAUGGCACUAUGCCUCAACCUCCUAAUUCAGCUUAUGCUGGUUUUCAACCAGUGCCCUCAACUACGAGUUAUGGUUUGUACACUACACAAACCGGCAAUAAUUCAUAUCCUUCAGGUACUCAACCUGUAUCAGUUCCUUAUAAGCCUCCUGUAGGACAACCCAUUAACGUUGUCUCUUCCACACAAACUGUUAGGUGCCUCAAAACAAUAGAAAUUGUUGAUGUUAAACCAGUAAGUACGAGUAAUGUUAAACCAGUAAUUACGAGUAACGUUAAACCAGUAAGUAUGAGUAAUGUUAAACCAAUAAGUACGAGUAAUAGAGUUCUUAGUACCAUUAAUCUCCAAGGCGCGACUCCGGCGAAGGAGGAGGAAGCUGGGAAAAACCAGGUUGCUGCCAUAACAGAGGACGACAUCAAGGCGAAACAGAAGAAACGGCUUGAACAGUUUAACCAGAGAAUGAAGAUGAAGAAAGAGCAGCAAAUGGAAGCCCUGCGAGCACGUGGACUAAAACAAAGUUCAACUCCAGGAAAAAACAUCACCAAUGAGAUAAGGAAUGUGUGGAUAUGUGGCCACUCACUGGUGUUUUGGGCUGAGAAGAGAACAACUUCACCCGAGUUCGGUAUGCAGUUGGGCAUGCACCGCAACAGUGUCCGUAUCUGGUGGAAGGGUGUGCAGGGCAUGACGUGGAAACAGCUCUUACCUUUGCUACUCCAGCUCAAAGACAACUGGCCCAAACCUGACCUUCUCAUAGUCCACCUGGGUGGAAAUGACAUAAGCGUGACUCCACCAGAGACUUUCAUUGAGACUGUGCAGAAAGAUCUAACCUCGCUGAAAAGCAUAUUCCCCAAAUGUCUCCUGGUGUGGUCUGACAUCCUCGCACGACAGUCCUGGAGGGAUAGAGGAGACAGCAAAGAAAUGGACAUUAUUCGCAUUGCCAUUAAUGACAGCAUACAUCAAAUUUUGGCUAAACUUGGUGGCUCUGCUGUGCUUCAUGACAACAUAAAGCCACAGUUAGGACUCUAUAGACCAGAUGGUGUUCACCUCUCUGGUAAGGGCAUUGACACCUUCAAUCUGAACCUGCAGGAUUUUCUGGAGAAGUGGGAGGGUGAGAUUGAUAAAAAGGCUGACCCGUCCGUUCAAGAUGCCAAUUCCUAAAAUCUAUUAUUUUGUUCAUUCAUUUAAUGUUUCUCUUGUUUACCGAAUUGUUUGAGUUUGUGCUGUUGUUGUAGAUUGUAAAAACAGCCUAUUUACCAUCAGACUUUUCUAAUGCAUGCAUUUUGAAUUGGUAAAAAACAUGUUUAAUUUUUUACAUCUCUUGUUUUAUAUGUUCUGUUUAGUAUCAAAUAAAUCGUACAAUGUAAUCACAUUACUGGACAGUAUAGUGUGUUUUAAUUAAAAAUGUUUUAAAAUGCAUGUGUGAGAUUUGAAAUGUAGAUAAGGAUCAAUUUGCAAGAAUUCACAACGUAAAUAACCUGCAGUAAAUUGUUGUUGGAAGUUUUUUAUUUUCCAGUAAAAAUGUAUAAUAUUCAAACGUCUACAAUAGUAUUUAUUUAUUAAUGUAUGAGGUACAUUUAUUAAUGUCCUACACCCUCAGAAAUAAACAUACAAAAGCUGGGGCAGUGCGCUUUCGAAAAGUGUACUAAUGUACCUAAAUAAUACAUAAUUGGGAACUUUCUACAGUGUUCUGCCCCAGUGACGGCUUUUGUACCUUUGUUUCUUGGUGUGUAGGAGCAGGUUUACUUUUGAAGCAAAAUUUAAAACCAAGUCUCGCACUGUAACACAACAAACACUCAUUACGAAAUCCACAUACACAUGUAAACUAGGAAGGGUUCUUGUUUGAACCAUUUUUGGUUCCCAAAGAAUCUUUGUCAAUGGUUCUUAACCUCUUAUUGCCUUUUAAUAGUCUACAGAACUAUUUCCCACAACACAGCACCUUUAUUAUUCUAACGGAAAGGUUCUGUGGAUGUUAACGGUUCUUUAUAGAGCCCUGCAAAGGACAUUUAAAGGUGCCUUAGAAUGUAAAACUGUAUUUUACUAGGUUUAGAUGAAUAGGAGUUCUGGUAAUGACCCUCAAACAAGAUUGUUUCCUCAUUUUUAUGUAAACCUCGUGCAUGCAAAAGACUGCUGCAAAACAGACCAAUCUCAACAUAACACCAACUGUGAUGUUACAGUAGUGAUGUACACCCCCAACCUUGUGACUGUUCAGUUAGCGCUAUAUGCUAGUUAAUGUUAUAUGCCAGUUACAUUUUGCAGGUCCAUACUAAAAAACACAAACUUACCACUCAAAAACGUCCAUUAACAAUCUCCGAAUAAUUGAAUAUUCCUCAAAAUAUGUAUCUUUGUCUGAUACAGGCUGAAACAUAAGGUCUGUUUACACACACGCUUUGAGAAACAGCCAAUCAGAGCAAAACUCAAUAUGAUUAUUAAUGACCAUUUAAAAAAAAAAGGUAAUAAUAGACCAUUUCAUUCUGAGGGCACUUAAUAAAUGUAUAUACCUUCUAUGUAGACAUCAGAAAACAAUUAAACAGAUUGAAUCAAUGCAUUUUUUGGCACCUUUAAGGAACUUUUGGGGGUGGUUUCCCAGACAUGGCUUAUCCUAGUCCAAGACUAAAAUGCAUGUUUGAGCUGCCUUAAUUUAAAAACAUCUUGCACUGACAUCAUUUAUCAGUGCCAUUGUUUUGUCUCGAGAUGCACACCAGUAUUGUUUUUUUUUGUAAGGUUUAUUUGUAAAAACUACUUAAAUGUCCUAAUAUAACUAAUAAGACCUAGUCUUGGAUUAAUCUAAACCCUGUUUGGGAAACUGUCCCUAGAGUGUACUUUAGUCUAACUCCACCCACUUAUUUGUUAGCAUACACUAAAAAUGCUAGGUUAUUUUCAAUAUGGGUUAAAUUAAUGCAGAUGUUUCUAUUUGACCCAACAAUUUGUUAAAUCGACCCAGCAUUUUGGGUUGAAAAUAACCAGCAUUUUUUUUUAAGAGAUAUAAUAUUUUUACUAAUUUAGUUAUACAUUCAGUUAAGAAGCAUUCUGCUUGAAUUAGUUUACUAUGCUUGGAUAUAUUCUGACUAUUUUUCCCCAAAUCAGAACAGAAUAUAGAAAAAGUUUGCAGAUUCUGGACCUGUUAAUAAGACUUAAAGGCAGUGUGAUCUUCAUACAUGAUAACCUUUCUUCAUCUGAAUGUUUUGUUCUCAUCCUACGAAUGUAAUUGUCUUGAUGUCUAGUGGUUGUUUGAUAUAGGUCUGAUGCAUCCAAUGAACAUCCAUCUACUGGAAUCAGAACAUGUAUGUAAGAAGACUCGGUUGAUUUUGUGUCUAUUUAUGAAUGAUUUGCACAGAUUGAUUGAUUUGACUUCCCCCUGCAUUGAAUAACUUAAAUCCGAAAAAGUCAUCUGUGAGAAUUUGUUGGGGUAAGUAGUUGUUGUGAAUGUCAUUUAUAUUGGUAGAUGCUACCUUUUAUACAUUAUCAGGAUAAGAUAGAAAGGACUCGUACAAGAAGUGCUAAAAAUAUACUUUUUAUAUUUGGAAUUUCUAUAAAGUAAUAGAUGUUUUACUACAUGAUUAUCAACCAAUUUAUUAUAGUAGCUGGAAUGUGGAAUGGACAUUUAUUGUUCAAAAAGUGUUGGGAAUGUUAACCUCAUUCUGAGUAUGUAAAGUUGUUUGAUUAUUAAAAAAAUGUAAGGAAUUUAUUAAUCCUAACAGAACUUAAGAGAAAAGUGAAAUUAAAUGAAGGUAACUAAGAAACUGGAAUUGUAUGAAUUAUAUGUGUGUUUUACAACCAAGUGGAAAUGUGUAAUGUCUCCUGUGAAAUAAAAGGAAUCAUUUUGAUUGA